GGGGCCAAAUAGUGUGGCAAUGUGAAAAGGCACAAUUUUGAACAUGGCGCUUGUCGCCGACGUGUGGGAGCAGUGGCGGCCCAAUGCGACCAUUACGUGCAUCACUUCGUCCCCGCGCUACGUUUGUGUCGCGCUCGAAUACACGGACUGCGUCGUACUCAAGCUAUGGCGGUCAUCGGAGAAGCCGACAACCGCUUUUGCAUUCACUCCGCACACGAGUCAAGAACUGACUGGGCAUGCAGAGCGCAUUGUGUGUGCUGCUUUUCAAGGGGACGUCCUGUGCACUGUGUCUUCUGACUGCAUCUUGGUGUGGCGCAUAUCCGUGGUUGACGACAAGUUUUCCGUGACUCGGUACAUGUUGGUGCCGUCCCCGCGGUGCCUUGUGACAGCGAUCGAGUUCGAUGCAAGCGGGGGACUUGUGGCACUGGCGUACCACACCCAGGUCGAAAUCGUGACGGUGCAGUUGAAGGAAGUCUUCGUGACGCUGGAAGGGCAUCUCGCCAAGAUCACGGCCAUUCGAUUCGAUUCCCUACAGCCACAUGUGCUCAUCACGGCCUCCGAGGAUCGCACAUUCAAAGUGUGGGACCUCGCGGAUCAAUCCCUUCGGUAUCAGUCAGCCGUGUUGUCUGCGCAUUCCAUCCUCGCGCUGGCCGUCAAUCCUCUCACGAGCGACAUUUGCGUCGGGUUUGCUGACGGCACCGUGCGCAUCUUUCACCAGUAUUCGACCGAAUUGGUAUCGCUCGCAGUCGGCGCGACGAUAUCCAAACUCGACAAACACCACCAGAUCACUGCACUUGUCAACCAAACGCUCGCCACCACUCAAAACGUCGUAAGCUCGUUGCCGCCAUGGGCUCGCAGCCAGAACGCUACCACGAGCGCGGCGGCGCGGACGUUGCUGGCCCAGACCAACUCGGCGCUGAGCAGCUCGUGCACCACAACAACGGCCAACUUGACGUUGGCGGCGUUGCAGGCCGAACUCGACCCUGACGGGCACAUGGUUGAAGUGCCAUGCACGAUUUUAGGCAUGCAUUAUGUAGUCGCGCCGUCCGAAGUGUCGCCAGAGACAGCUCUACUGCCUUCGAUGCGGCCAGUUCUCAUGAUCGGCACGACAAACCACCUCGUGGCGGUCGACGCACUGUCGUACGAGAUGUCUGUCGUUCACUCGUUCCAAGCCGAGCACCCCGUCGUUGUUGGAGUCGCAUCACACACAGCCAUGGCAAACGUGCUCAAGGACCAACGGGGGCAUGAAGAGCGUCCAGGGGUCGUCGAUAUUUGGAUUGCAAGUGCAUUUCAACCGUGUGUGACGCGACUACAAGCGCAGCUAUCGCGGGGUCCCCUGGUGCCGGCGGUGGAUGAGUUAGCCAACGGGGCGACGAGCGCUGAGGCAGGGGACGGCCGAACAACUUUGUCCAUGGUGCCGCAGUCCGCACCGCCUCCCACGUCGAUCCUGUGUCUGUCACCGCUACAGCUCCAAGAUGUCGCGCCACCGUCAAAAAGCUCGAAGCGCGACCAACCCGUAACAUUUCACACCCGAAUCAAGUCGAGCGGGUAUGGGCCGACAGACUCAAAGAAGAAGCCGUCGGCGUCGUUAAAGUUUCAACGACUCAAAACCCGCCCCCCAUCGUCGCAAUCGACCAACCAGCUCAACGACGACUCGCCCAUUUCGCCGCCACCGCUCCUUCCAUCGUACCCCAUAGCUUGCAAUCGAGUGUCUCGACUCGACCCCACCAAGACCAAACUCAAAUGGCACAGAGGGUGUGUCAACCGCAUCGAGUACUCCGCCGACGGCGCUGGGUUUGCGUCGGCCGGGAACGACCGGCUCGCCCAAGUCACGUUUUCGAAAUCGUCCAAGCCGUUCAAACCAACGCCAACUGGCCAACCGAUCGUACUCAUGGGCCACGAGCACUACGUUCGCACCGUGCGGUGGAGCCACUCUGGUCGAUACCUGCUCACCACGUCGGCGGACAGGACAGCUCGUAUAUGGGGCGUUCCGAGCGACGCCGCAUCGCUCACAAUCCCCUCGGCCGCUGCGUCCUCGCGUGCUCCUGGUCUUGACAUCACCGAUGCCGCGUUCUACUACAUGGACAAGUUUGUUGUGGUCGCGAUGGCCAACAAGAUCAAGAUCUUUCAGUACGUUGUCGACGACAGGCACGUCCACCACGUCAAGACAACGGACGUCGCUCGGUUGGAAAACCACAGCAAGGCAAAAGUUGUCGCCGCGUACAACUUGGACUCGAUCAAAGCUGUCACGUCGAUCGCUUGCGCCAACUCGAGUUUGUCGCACUUGCUCGUGGCCGCCGCAUCGGACAAGAGCGUUCGGGUCGUUGACGUCGCCGUGAGCAAGACCGUGCGGGUGAUACCCGCGGCGCAUGCGACUCGAGCUGCCCACACGGUAAGUCUGUGUCGUCGACACAGCCAGGGUUGGUUUGCAAGUGUGUGCGAUGGAAUGUGGAUGGCGUCUGGCGCCGGAUCGACCGUGCGUCGCUGGUUUGGACUUGACGAAUCGAGCAAAUGUUUCCGCUGUUGCGAGCGACGACAGAGGAUGAAUGGCACGUGUGUUGUUUUGCAGGUCGUCGUGCCCCAGGCGUCGCCGUACGUGGCGCAUUCGCCGGACGUGUACAACUUGGUGCUCUCGGCAGCGUGCGACAACGCGAUGCAUUUGUGGGACGUUCGCGCCGACAACUGCGUGCUGCGUUUUGGCGAACACACCAACCGCGUGCAUGCUGUGGGGGCUGCGUUCAGUCCAUGCCUGCGGUAUGUAGCGGCAGGAUCCGAAGCCAAAGUCACCCACUUGUACGACCUUCGCACGGGGCGCACACUGGACAAGCUUCAUGGCCACACCGACGUCGUCACGGCGAUCGCGUUCCAUCCAGUCAAGCCAUGGCUCGCCACGGGGGCGGCCGACGGAAGCAUCAAGUAUUAUGGACCAGCAGACGAUUAAAGCACGAGAAUGUCAACUCUCCCCUCCACGGGGGCGUACCUGGUUCAUGGCAUGAAGCGGCAUCAGGAGCAAAGCGAGAACAGCGAGACGUCCACGGAGAAUCGGCAGCGGGCAGCAACCUGCUUGACGACGUGAAUGCGUGUGAGCCACUCGUAGUCGAUCGACGUGCUGCGCAGCACAGGAUGGAAAGAGCCCAUGAAGGAUAUUUCGGCGGCGCCAACGAUUUCGUUCCACAACGGAUUCAAUAAUUCACGCAGAAAAGGCGAUUGACCUGGCACGUGGUAUUCGCGUUGGGCGAAGAGGAGGCGCGUGAGAUUUCGUGUGUGGACGGCAUUUGUCGAGCAAGGCGGCCCAUCCGCUCGCUGGUAGCGCUGGAUGGACGACUGUGGCAGUGAGCGAUCUGACCAUCUCCACGCGUGCGUCAUCCCCCAUGUCGAGCCGCAUGAUCAAUCAAGCGAGGCUGCAAGCCCUUGAAGCGUGAUGUCCUCACAUCAUUGUCACGUGUGUAUUUUGUUGGAUCAUGGUUUCGAUCGCAGUCGUGGCAAUGUCUUGCUUGAAUGCAUUGACGAGGUGGAUAUUGCCAUCGCUGUCUUGCAAAACCAUCGACAGGUUCGAAGUGGGGACAUGAGGAGGAGGUGCGGCCACGACCGAGUCGAGAUUGCCGACGUCUGCGAGGAACUUGGGUUUCUGGCUCGCAAACACUCGAGUUGCAGGAUUAACGUUGUGGGCUGCGGUGAGCGCGCGGAUGGCGGCAGGCGGCUCCGGGAGACCGAACCGGGUCAAAUGACUAGCGAGAAACCAUCGAAACGUACACAGCGCCCUUGCGUGCAUGGUGACGGACUCAGCGCCUCGAACUUGCGCGGCAGGGUCAAGCGGGAUGUUGGCGAGAAUAGAGGUUGAGUUGAAGACGAGUUGGCGGCCGAGUGAGUUGGCGGCCAUAAACUGCCACCACUUUCGAUUGACGACAUGGUCGACCACGAGGAGGAGCACGAGGUUGGCAAAAAUUACAGCCGCGAGCGACGGAAUCGACCGAAUGUACCAGCUCUGCAAGAGAAACACGGACGUGGCGUCGAGAUUUUGCGUCGUGGAGGACAGAUCCGUGCGCACGGAGCUCCCGUACUCGAUGAAGUCGUUCCGUUCCAGCAGACUCACGACGCUCAGGUACAUCCACGAGACUGAGCUAAAGUUGAGCCACCCCAUGAGUUGGCUAUCCCCCGUGUGCUGCGCGAUGCUGACAAAGUUGCACGUCCACUUGAACGCUUUCAAGAGAAAGCAAUUCACCCACAGCCAUCGCGCCGUCAUCGACAUCAACCGCACGUCGAGCCACACGUCUGUGCCACCACGGACAUGCCAUUGAUUCAUGUUUCGCGAGUACACCAUGCUGAUCUCUUC